UACCUCUUGUGUGGCUGCACCUUAUUCUCUCAUCUCUUUAUUUCAGAUUAUUCAAAAGGAUUUGGUGGCAAAUAUGGAAUUCAAAAAGAUCGGAUGGAUAAGAGUGCUGCCUCCUUUGAUGAUGUCGAGCAGCUGGCUCCAGCCUAUCAGAAAACGAAGCCGGUCGAAGCUGCCAAUGCAAGUGCAAGUAGCAUCCGUUCCAAGUUUGAGAACAUUGCCAAAGUGAAGGAGGAUGAGGAUAGAAAGAAGACAGAGGAGGAGAGAGCUCGCCGUCAGGCUACUGAGAAACAAGAGCAGGAGGAAGCCAAGAGGAAAUUGGAGCAGGAGCAAGAAUUCACAAAGAACCAGCCCCCUGCAUCCCGGGAGCCCCCUGCAUCCCGGGAGCCCCCUGUAUCCCGGGAGCCCCCUGUAUCCCAGGAACCUGUUUCCGCUCCAGCUCCAGCUCCAGCUCCAGCUCCAGCUCCUGUUAAGGAGCAGCGAUCACCUAGUCCAGUUUAUGAGGAGCCCCCUGCACAGGAAGAGCCUGUCUAUGAAGUUGAACCCACCUGCAGCAGUGAGGAGCCACAAUACCAAGAGACGACAUACGAACAAGAAGCAGUUUAUCAGAUGCCGGAUGAGAGUCAAGCUUACCAAAGAGAUGAGCCCACUUAUGCAGAAUAUGGGAAUGAGUAUGGGAUCACAGCCGUGGCGUUGUAUGACUACCAGGCUGAUGGUGAUGAUGAAAUUUCAUUUGAUCCUGAUGACAUCAUCACCAACAUUGAGAUGAUUGAUGAAGGGUGGUGGCGUGGGGAGUGCCGGGGUCGAUACGGUCUAUUUCCAGCUAACUACGUUGAACUGAAACAGUGAAGAGCUCACACUGACUUACAUCGAUGACGUAAUGCACAAUUCCAGUGUAAAUGAGCAUGAAUUGUGUUCAGUAAUGGGAAUAAAGUUUUCUUUUUCUCUUGAGUUGCAAUUAGACAUUGCAUAAUAUCCAAUCUUCAAAAGCACUGGGGGAAGGAGCUUCAAGUUGAUCUUUGACAUGCCUUUGAGAAAGGGUGUGUUGGCAUGCUGUCCUUUAUAAAGUUAAAUGCACUUUCUAAUUGACAAGAAACCCUAGCAGUGUGAACCAAUGUGCUAGUUGUGUGGGAGCACUGAUGAAUUCUACAGGUGCUCCCUACAAAGUAAGACCAAUCACUUCUUGGUGACCAAGUUAAAGUUUUAAAUAAGAUGGAAAUGGUUGUAUAUCACUGCCCAGUUUAAUCCUUUUGUCUUAGCCAUGUGGUUUGUUUAAAAUACUGAUACUUUAGCCCCUUACUAAUGGUAAAUUAAUUCAUUCAUUAUUUUUGGUAUAUUCUCCCUUACCUUGAUAGAAUUUCAAACAGAAUAUUGAGACUCUAUUUGCUGAUUCACAAAUGGGUUUGGGUUUUUAUUAAAAAAGUUGCCUUUUUCAGUACUUUGUUUAUCAAGAAUUAAACUGGUUUUAUUGCA